AUGGAUAUUGGCCUCCUCCCCCUGCCCACCUUCGACGAACAACAAAGAUGCGACGAUUUCCACAGCACUUUGCUGACCCCACCGGCUGAAGAGUCAACCGUUGAUUGCCACGGCUUGCCGGCCGAAGCCUGGGGAUCAGCCCCGACGAGUCCCGAGGAUAGCGACGACUCAUCGGACAUGUACUCACCGUACGGCCCACCGAGACGAAACGAUCGACUUUAUGGCACCUCGCGCGAGACGUUCUUGGAUGGGCCAAAUGGCGAGAAGUUCCAUCAAACGCACACCAUCUUCGAGCGUCCCGUGGUGAGGCGGCCGCGGCAGAAUACCGCGCCGCGGUCUUCGCUCGGGCGAUCCGGGUAUUCGUUGAAGGACCUGCUGCCGAUGGACGUCACCUGUUCCCAUCAGCCGUUUGGUCAAGAGCUGUACGUUGCGCGUCGGUCGGCCCCGGUCCCAAUCCCAUCGCUCCGCGACUUCAACGAGUACAGGCCUGAUCAACGCCGCCAAGGCGCAGAAGUUGGAGCUCAACCGGAGCCUUUCACAAUCCGACCGCUCCGCGACUACGACGAGUACAGUCCUGAUAAACGCCACCAUGCCGCAGAAGUUGGAGCUCUACACGCGCCCCGGCCGGUGAUGGUCCCUCCUCCACCGCAGAUGGUACCAGCUCCCGUACUUCCGCCCCAACCCUUCCCAGUAAUGGUCCCGCCGCCACCCCCGAUCAUAGUGGACACCCCGUUGCGACCGAUGUGGACAAAGAAUAUCGUGCCGAUGCUUGGCGAAAACACGAUCGUCGAGCAACGAGCUAGCCCGGAUGCUGUGGCGCCGUCGUUGCUCAAUUCGGCCACGCGCAAUUCUUCUCGCGACAGCGGAUUCGGUGACGAUACGGCGGCCAGGAACACGGGCGUCACGCCGCCGGAUAGUGUCAACGGCGAAAUGGCCGGCGAUCGGAUGUCCAUCUCGCCGGAGCCUGUGGCCGUCACUGAUGCCACCGAACAACUUGUCGCCGCUGUAGAUGACCGUCAACAAGCUCGAGCCCAAGAUGUGCAUCAGUAUGAGCCUGAGGAGCCGAAGCCCCAGCUACCGCCUGUACCGCACUUGGGACAAGCGUCGAAGAACAACGCCACUAACGAGCCGGAAGUGAUCGAUUUGUGCUCGAGCGACGAAGAGGGAGAGCUCACAACGACGGCUUCAUCGGCUUCACAAGUGGCGAAAGGCGCCGACCAUCAGCCCGCUCCACUGGAAGCGCCAAAGCUUGAUAAGCCCGCCAAGCGCACCUAUGCCGAAAAUAUGGCCCUCGUCCAGCAGCAUCUCAUCGCCGAAACGGAAGCGGCACGGCAGCUCGGCCGAAAGAAAGCCAUGCAAGAGCACGGACCCACCUCGGCGGCCGCAUCAACUGAAUCGAUCUCGGGAGUGGCGCCUGCUACACGGCCCUCCAUCUCCAGACAAUCCUCCGUCGCUUCUUCAUUUUCAUCUACUUCUCUGUCGUCUUCGUCGACGUAUGCCUCUACCAAAUCAUCAUCAUCAACAUUUGACUACUCGCGCUCGCGGUACCGCCAUGCACGCGACAGAUCGCGGGAGCGGCGGCGCUAUCGGAGGUCGCGAAGUCGUGGAGGGAUAUCCCGUUCCCGUUCACGCUCGCGCCGCUCUUCCACGACGCCACAACCAAAGAAAUGGGUGCAACCGAGCCCGCCGAGGCGUUUCAAGGCUUCCCCAGUUCGCCCGCGGAAGGUUGAAAAGAAGAAGCCGGAGCCCAGCCGACGCGUAAGAUCCCGCUCUCCAACGAUUGAAAAGCGCAAAACUGGCCAGCCGCCAAAGAUAAGCGACGUCUUCGGCAACAAUGACUCGGAUGAUGAAGCUCUGCUGAAUCGACCCAUCACCCCACCGGCUCGAAUCCAAAUCAACGUCAAGCCCUCGUUCCGCCCCGGUAAAGCCAUUGCCGUUCUGUUGUUAAUUGUAUGCCUCGUCCUACUUCACCUCAUUCUCCAGCUCAUGCUCCUCCCCCACCCG